UUAUGAGGGCGCGCUUCACACCGCAGCACGAGCGCCAUUACAGAUCCCGCAGUCAUGCGCGUGUGAGAUAGCAGGCCGCGAGACGACUGAUAGAAUCCAUUGAGACAAAAUCGAGUAAAAUCGCGUUUCUACCGCACGGAUUUAAAUGUCUUUCGAUUGACGUUCGCCAUCAUCAGAUCGGAGCCAUAAUGACGUCCAGCACCAAUGUUAUCCAGGUGACGAACGUGUCGCCGAGCAGCACCGCGGAGCAGAUGAGAACCCUGUUCGGCUUCAUCGGAACAAUCGACGAGCUUAAACUCUUUCCACCAGAUGAUUCUCCCUUGCCUGUGACUUCACGUGUAUGUUUUGUAAAGUUCCACGAGCCGGAAUCAGUCGGAGUUUCCCAGCACCUGACCAACACGGUCUUCGUGGACAGAGCGCUGAUCGUCGUCCCCUUCGCAGAAGGAGUGAUUCCUGACGAGUCCAAGGCUCUAUCGCUGCUCGCUCCAGCCAAUGCCGUCGCAGGAUUGCUGCCAGGAGGCGGGCUCCUCCCGACGCCCAACCCCGUCCCAUCUAUUGGUGGUGUUCCUCUUGGAGGUCUAGGAGGGCCUAACUUGGACCCCAUGGCAGCUCUGGCAAUGGCAGCGCCCAAUAUAAACCCUCAGACUUUGUCAGCUGAGCAGCUCAUGAAGCUCAUGGCAUCCAUAGACCCCAAGCUGAACCCUCUCGCCGCUGGGCUGAAUCUGACCCCUGGACUGAAGGCGGACGCCUCUAAUAAAGAGAUUGAAGAAGCCAUGAAGAGAGUGAGAGAGGCACAAUCACUGAUCUCCGCCGCAAUCGAGCCUGGAAGUAAAAAGGAUGAUAAACGGAAGCGUUCGAGAUCCAGGUCAAGAUCCAGACGCAGGAGGUCCAGGUCCCGCUCCAGACACAGGCGCUCUAAGAGUCAUUCCAGACGGAGGUCUCGCUCCAGGAGCAGGAGGAGGUCAAAGAGCCCCAGGAGGAGGAGGUCUCAUUCCAGGGAUCGCAGCAGACGCUCCAGGUCCAGAGAUCGGAGGAAGGAUGAAAAGAACAGAAAACGUUCAAAAACUCCACCGAAAAGCUACAGCAGCGCCAGGCGGUCCCGCAGUACCAGCCGCAAACGGCACAGGAGAAGUCGCAGCAUGUCUCGAUCCCCAAAGAAGUCUCGAUCUCCCAAGAGAAAACUGUCCCGCUCCCCGUCUCCUCGCAGACACAAGAAAGAGAAAAAGAAGGAUAAAGACCGCGAGAGAGACCGUGACAGAGACAGAAAAGACGAUCGGGAAAGAAAUCGGGAAAAAAGGGAACGUUCCACCAGUAAGAAGAGCAAAGACAAAGACAAGGACCGAGACCGAAAGUCUGACAGCGAGAAAGGAGAUGUGAAGCUGUUACAUGUCUUGAAAAUGACGGUUGCUAACAAGUGGCUAAAUCAGACUACAGAGGCAGUCGGCGACACUAAACAUCACGCCGAACAGGUGACCAGGGACUACGAUGAGGAAGAGCAGGGCUACGACAGCGAGCAUGAGGAAGAGCGAGAGAGGAACUCUGACGCCGCCUCAUCGCCGCAGGCCAAAGAGCCUCAAGCGGACAGUGCAGAUGACGCUGGUCGUGGCGAGUCGGAUGGAAACAGCGAAGACCAGCGAGACGAAGACAUGGACAUGAGCGACUGAAACAGCCCUUUCCCACUGAUCAGUGUUUGAGAUGUAUUGUUAAAUAGAGUUUAGAUGGAGGAAAGCUCGUCCUAGAUCAGUCUGAAAACUUUCCUCUCUGAACUCGCUCAUUCCUUUUUGUUGUUUUUUUUUAUAAAACAAAACUCUGCAUCCUCAGAAUCUGCUGUAUUUACUGGUACAUGCUCGUCUUAAAAUGUUCUCCGAUUUUAGAGCUGUUUCUUUCCUCAUGGCUGAUGUGGAACGGUGUUAUACUGUAUAUUUAGUGUAGAAAGUCAAUUUCUCCCUGAAAAUUACAACCAUUCGCUAUGUCUGUUUGCAGUUUCUAUUUAAAGCAAAUACCCUCUAAUUAAAAGUGCUUGGAUAACGUUGUCAAGCAGUGGGGUUUUUUUUCUUUUUCUUCUUUUAAUAAUGCAUUUGGGUUUUUUUUUAUAGUUAGCCUGAGUUAGGUGGAAGUUGUUUGUCUUUUUAAAGUUGCAGAACGUUUGUGAAACUUCACGUAAACUGGAUUACUUUCUCUAGCAGGUCAUUCACCAGUCCAGCUGUAUCUGCUGCAAUGUGUUUAUCUGUAGUGAACACACCGUCAUCAUAGACUGUAGUUUGCUAAGAACAUGAUUUAUCUGUACGGUUUGCAAUGUUACAAAAAUUGAAAAUAAAACUUCAUAUAAAA